AGAGACAAAGCAAUCAAUAUUCAAAAAAAAAAAACACCUGAUGCAUAGUACUCCUUAAUGAGUAUAUCAUUAUCCCUUUAACGAAACCUCUCAGACACCAUUAUCGAGGUCGCAUCGAAAUUUAACUUCUCCGGCGCCGGUAGAGCCUUUGCUCGCCGGCGUCGGGACUCCUCUCUUCCUUUACGCUAUCGUUUCAAAAAAACUGUUGUUGGGCUCUAUUUUUCUCCUGUUCUCCGUAAACUCUCCCACAUAUCCAAAGUUAUCUCGGGUUUUUCGGUCGAGAUCUUGCUCACGUUUUCCUUAAGAUCCGUUACCCCGAAAACCUUCGCGAUUCUCGUCGUUCGUCCUACUUGUCGUCUCCCCUCGAAGUCAAAACCAGCACCUCCUGACUCCUCGCCGUGGGAUUCAAAUCCCACCACUAAGUUCUUUGCUUGGAUGUUGCGGGACCAGAGCUCUGCAUUGACGCUGGAGUCGAAAAAGCAAAAGACGGCGGAAGAAUCAUUCACAGCAGCUCGAUCAUCAUCUUUAGAAGCUCCAACCCUACUAGAUCUUGCCACAGAAUUUCAAUCUAUGUUGACCGGAAUUGUUUCGCCGCCUCAGAUUGGGAGGAAGACAAAGGUAAAGCUGCUUAACCUAAUCAUGCUGAAUGUCUCUCAGUUUGGGCCAGGCCCAAGAGUGCUCUACAUCCCCUGCAGCCCAUUAGACAUUCUGUCUCAGCCCAACAGGAAAGUCUUCGGCAGAAGCCCAACUUUCAUAAGGCCCAGUGAGAGAGUUAGGUUGGUCUUGUCUUUCCUUUUCAUAAAACCUGGUGGUUACUUUAACUCGGUGGUUAGUUUAACUCGGUGGAUAAUCGUUCUUAAUCAUUCCGUCUCAAGCAUAAGGGACGAUGCAUCUCAACUCUCUCGAACAUUUCUGGAGAAACGGCCUUGGUAUGUGCAACUUAACUCUUUCUCAAGCCCUUAUACUUCAAUGAUGGAUGGUAGUCUUUCGAUUGGCCAUGGACACCAAUCUAGCUUCGCAUCUUUCAUUUGGUUAUGGCAUUGUGAUUAUCUAUGGCGUUUCCCACAAACCUUCUUCACCCUUUGGCCAUUAAUUCCAUCGAAAUCCUAUUUAGAACUUUUCAAAAGCUCUUAUGCGUCGACCGCACGAGCCUUCAUUGACCACCAGCUGGUCCGGGAAUCCUCGAAGCUCGUCUUCAACCAUGUUUACCUCUUGGUUUCAACAGAUUCUCCAAGUCUUGCAAGCUUCUUAAAGCCGAUCACAACUUUGGAAAACUCAUGGAACCCUUAUCUUUAUGUUCCUUAUAAUGUUUUACUUUUAGUUUGUAUGAAUUCUCCUCCUUUGAAGUUUUAAUGAAUGAAAGUAUUUUGCCCAAAAAAAAAAAAAAAAAA